ACGCCCUUAAUAUUUGAAGAUUUUAUUUAUCGUUAAUGAUGAGCCAUGAAAAUCCUCUAGAUCGUUGGUUUUUGGGAUUAAAAACAAAGGUUACAUCAAAUAAUCGUCUUCCAUUAAACCUUCUUACCCGAGAACAAACAAUUGAACGUUUGUUAUCAGCAGAAUAUUCAUACAAAAUAUUGUAUGAGAAUCACCGUUCUUUAUUUAUACAAUGGAUGUUUGAACUGAAUGAAGGAUUCAGUCUAAUUGUCUAUGGAUUGGGGUCUAAACGUAGUUUAUUAAUGGAAUUUAUUGAAAGAUAUUUUAAAGAUAAAUAUGUUUUGAUUAUGAAUGGAUAUAAACCGGAAAUUAGUCUUAAAGGAGUGUUUAAUACAUUAAUUAGUAAUCUUUGGAAGGACCGGAAAUUUGAAAGUAAUGCUACAUUAUACGAGAUGACGGAAUGGAUUCUUGAAUGGUUAGAGGAGGAUUCAUAUUUAGAAUUUUUAGUAUGGGUUGUUCAUAAUAUUGAUGGACGAGGAUUGCGCUCGAAAAAAGUACAAACAUGUUUAUCAAGACUUGCAAAUGCGAAAAAAAUCAGGUUUGUUGCAAGUGUUGAUCAUAUUAAUUCAGGAUUACUUUGGGAUGAGGCAACAGUAGCUAAAUUUCAGUUUAUCUGGCAUGAUGCAACUACGUUUGCACCAUAUUUAAUUGAAACGUCUUUUGAAUAUGGACUAUGGAAUAAUAUGAAAGGGUCUCAUACAGAUGGAAUUCAAUACGUAUUAGAAACAUUAACACCACAUGCAAGAGAAGUAUAUAGAAUUUUGAUAGAACAGCAAAUUGAAGCAAAAGAAAAAGCUAAAAUAGAAAGUAUAACGAUUGAUCAUUUAUAUGGAAAAUGUGCAGAAGAAAUGGUUGUUAGUAGCAAAGAAGGUUUUCGAAUGCAACUUAGAGAAUUUUGUGAUCAUGAAAUGAUUAAAUUAAAAAGAGAUGUAACUGGAACGGAGAUUAUUUGGAUUCCUUUAGAAAAAGAAGUACUUGAAUCUAUACUUGAAGAUUUGAGAAAUACUGGAUUGUGA